AUGCAACCCAUCCGCACGCCUGUAUGCGGUACAGUAUACCCAGAAAAAGUCCGCCUACGAUCACCCAUCCUGUACAAAUCCAGUGACAGGUGCUUUCAUGCAAACCCUUGGACUGGGCAGGCAUUCCUCCGGCCGGUGCGCUCGCGGUCCAACCUCCACAUCGGCAAGGGGGUGCGGGUGACGCGCGUGCUGGUGGAGCCCGACGGCCCUGGCGGGGGCGGGCGCGCCGUCGGGGUGCAGUACGUGCGGGGCCGGCGGGCGCGGGCGGUGCGCGCGCGCAAGGAGGUGAUCCUGUGCGCGGGGACCAUCGGCUCGCCGCACCUGCUGCUGCUCUCGGGCAUCGGGCCGGCCGCGCACCUCCGCGACCACGGCAUCGCCGUGCUCCGCGACCUGCCCGGCGUCGGCCUCAACCUGCAGGACCACGUCGCGAUGGGCGGGCUCGCCUUCCUGGUGAACGAGAGCGUGGCGCUGGUGGAGAGCCGCAUGCAGCGGCCGCGCUACGCGCUGGAGUACGCGCUGCGGGGCACGGGGCCCAUGACGCUGCCGGGCGGCGCCGAGGCGCUGGCCUUCCUGCAGUCGCCGCUGGCCGAGGCGGAGGCGGCGCUGGCGGCGUCCUCGGGCCCCGCGAGGAAGCGCUCGCGCCGCGCCGACGUGGAGCUCGUGUUCGGGCCCGGCGCGCUGCCGGGCGACACGGGUGGCAGCAUCCGCCGCUCCAUCAACCUGGACGAGGACUUCUGGCGGCGCGUGUACGGCGCCGUGGCCGGCCGCGACGCCUGGAACGCCGUGCCCAUCCUGCUGCGGCCGCGCUCCCGCGGCGCGCUGCGCCUCCGCUCCGCCAACCCCUUCCACUGGCCGCGCCUGCACGCCAACUACUUCCAGGACCCGCGCGACCUGCAGGUCCUGGUCCACGCCAUCAAGAUG